AUGACGACGCCUGUGCCACUGGUCAACAACACUCAGCUCUCAGUGAAUGUGACCACAAAAUCUCAGGAACAAAGUCUCUAUCAAAGUUCUGGAGCAAUAGUUGCUGCCAUCGUGGUAGGAGUGAUUGUUAUUUUCACAGUGGUUCUGCUCAUCUUGAAGACAUACAACAGGCGCAUGCGAGUGAAGAGGGAACUGGAACCCAAAACCUCCAAACCAGCAAUGCCACCUCCAUUGGGGCAGAACAGCAACAGCCUGGCCCAGCACCCCACAGUGACUUUCAUCCCUGUGGAUAUCCACAUGCAGAACAG